GGCUGCCACACCAACAACACCUCACUUCUCCAUUAAAUAUAUUUUGAGAUAAGCUAAGGUGGUGGUGGUGAACGUGUUGACGAGGUCUCAUUGUUUACCUAAGAAUGGCGUCACUGUGGAGAAUGACGUCACUGUGUUCCUUCAUCGUGGUGACGUCACUGGUGCUCUGUGCUGGGGCCGGUGUUGAUCAUUCACCGCUUCCUGACAACCAAGCGCACAUCCCCCCUCCAAACGACAGAAUUCCCCUCCUCCGCGACUCGGCUGAGCAGCUCGGGAUUCACGAGAACGAAUCAUCAAUUUGGGACUCGGUGGAAGUGGCUCAACUUGAUGGAUUCGUUAUCCUUGUUAUCCGUCCCGUUGGUCCUGCUCAUGAUUUUAACGUCAGCAUCCCAGAAGUACAUCUUAGCCAACUGAGGGACUCGCUGAAUUCCUCAGUCGUGACCGAAGAAAUUGAUGAGUACACGCAGACUAUGUCGACUUCAUGGGACAUCAUAGGACCGGGUUAUUUAGACGACGUCGUGCCUCCUUUACAAGUAGGGUCUGUUGGGAGUGGCGUCUCGGAUAUCCUUCGUCAUGUGGCCAGCCGCUCUCUCCCAGUGAAGUGUGGCUUCUACACCCUCUCACCCAGAAAUCCACUUUCCAUCCAGACGCCCAGGUUCCCCCGUCCAUAUCCUCACAAUAAUCGGUGCACCUGGAAGCUACAGACUACCUGUACGGCAGGGAUACUGGUAACUUGUCCGAUGUUUUCCCUUGGCUAUGGCGACAGCCUCACCGUCACAACCUCACAAGGAACAAAAGUGGGGUAUUAUGGAAGGAAUGGGCCAACGAACGAUAUCUUUCGGGACACCUCUGUAAAACUGUUCUUUAAGUCCAACUACAAGAAGAGCUCAUUGGGGUUCCUGUGUCUCCUGGUGGAUCUUUGUCCCUAUGAUACAACCACAACUAUGCCUACCACAACCACUACCACAACUAUGCCUACCACAACCACUACCACAACCAUGCCUACAACAACCACUACCACAACUAUGCCUACAACAACCACUACCAUGCCUAAAACAACCACCACCCCAUCUACGCCUACAAAAACAGCAACCAGUACCACAACUACGCCUACAACAACAGCAACCACUACCACAACUACGCCUACAACAACAGCAACCACUACCACAACUACGCCUACAACAACAUCAACCACCACUACCAGCCAACCACCCUACGUGUCACACCCAUCUUGUGGACUUGCUCAGGACCAGAGUAACAGAAUCGUCAAUGGAGAGUACGUCGUGAUGGGUGAAUUUCCAUGGCAGACUCUGUUGGAUAUUAAGUUAGCAGACGGAACCCAACGUACUUGUGGUGGCAGUCUCAUCACUCCUCAGUGGGUUCUGACCGCUGGCCACUGUGUCCAAUGGAAGGUGAAUGGGACGGUGGUUCUGCCGACAGUGAGAGCCAGACUCGGUAUGCUGAAGCGUACCACCAAAAAUCCUGAGGUGACAAUGACAGCAGUAGACAUAGUGCUCUACCCGACAUACACCUUCGCUGACGACCUCGCCUUGAUCAAGUUGAGUGAUGCCAUUUCCAUCACGAACACGGUGCGUCCGAUCUGCAUCCCUGACAUCACCUUCAAGUCUGAGAGUUUCCAGGGGAAGACGUUGAAGGUCGCUGGUUGGGGCAAGACUGAAAAUGGUAAACUCAGUGAUAGUCUUCGUAAGUUGGAGAGAGAUGGCAUGGACGCCGCCAAGUGCAAGCUUGUUUUUGGAAGUUAUAUUACUGAACACCACUUCUGUACCACCGGCCCGGGCGUCAAACACAUCUGUCUGGGGGACUCAGGAGGACCAGUCAUGAUGCUGAAGGGGCAGAGGUUCGUGCUGGUUGGGGUUAUCAGUUUCGUGGCGUCACUUAACUGUAAGGGCAACUAUCCCGACGGCCAUGUAUCCGUCGCUCACUUCCGAGAUUGGAUCAGGAAGGUAACUGGUUAUUAAUAAAGAGAUUAUAGAAUCGUA